AUGUUCCUUCUCUUUGCACUCUUUGCUGAGCUUGGAAUGCUGCAGGCCAGCCAUGAUUCUGAAGGAAUAUUCCUGCACCUCACGGUGCCACAAAAGAUAAGCUCAAAUGAGAGUGAAGUUUCAGAGAGGAAGGUGACUUAUAUCCUUUCAAUUGAUGGAAAACCUUACACUCUGCACCUUAGAAAACACUCAUUCCUGUCCCAGAAUAUUUUGGUUUAUACAUAUAGUGAAACGGGAUCUUUGCAAUCUGAGUCUUCAUAUGUUAUGAUGCAUUGCCAUUACCAAGGAUAUGUUGCAGAAUCUCCACAUUCUGUUGUGACACUCAGUGUCUGCUCUGGCCUCAGAGGAUUUCUGCAGUUUGAAAAUAUCAGCUAUGGAAUUGAACCACUGGAAUCUUCAGCAAGAUUUGAGCAUAUAAUUUACCAAGUGAAAAAUGGCAAUCCAGAUGUACUGACCUUCGCUGAUAAUUACAGCCAUAUUAGGCAGAAAGACCAGCUCUACAAAUUUCAUUUAAGCUCACAGGUAACUGUGGUGGUUCUGAUGUUAUAA